CUGCUCCUCCCUCUCCGGACCGCGGCUGCGGCGCUGCGGGCAGCGGGGCCAGCGGGGCUGGGCAGCGCCGGGAGCUCCGCCGGGCCGGGGCUGCCGGAGAUGCCGCUGCAGGACGGGGGCCCGGCGGUGCCGAGGGGACGGCAGGUCAACGGAGAGGUCGCCAGUGUCCCUUCCCUGGGGGACCCUUCGCUCCGGAGCGCGACAGCACCUGGUGGCAGCAGGACAGACGUGAUGGCAGAGGGCUGGGAGCCGGGGCCAGCACAGAGUGACGGGGACGUGACCCCCGGGGGAGCCCCGCAGCGAGCGUGGAAGCCCGAGGAAGCCCUGAUGACCGAGCUUUCGGAGCUGGUGCAGAAGGUGGUGAAGAGCAGCAGCUGGUGGGAACGGCACGGUGUGGACAUCAGCAUCCUUGCCUGCAGCGUCCUCCUGCUCCCGGCAGGGUUCCUGUGCCUGCGGUCGGCCCAGGCCACCCCUUUCCUGGCGGGUGUCCUCACCCUUGGCGUGGUGCAUCACACCCUGACUGUCAAGGGCAGCCACUUGGCCAGCCACAACGCCUUGACUGAGUCCAAGUCCUGGGGCAAAGUGUGGGCUAUCUUCUUCAUUGAGCUCUGCUCAGCUUUCACAGUUGAGCAGGCCACCUACAACCAUGUGAAGAUCCACCACGGCUACACCAACGUCAUCGGCCUGGGGGACUCCAGCACGUGGAAACUUCCCUUUCUGAACCGCUACGUUUACAUGUUCAUCGCGCCUCUCGCAGUGCCCAUCCUCACCCCCCUGGUUGCGCUGGGUUUACUGAGGAACGUGGAGUGGAAAGCAGCUCUCCGGACCCUCUGCUGCAUGUUUCUGGGACUUUACUGCCAUUACUGGCUCCUGCUCCACGUCUCGGGCUUCCAGUCACCGUGGUCCGCCCUGCUGUGCAUGCUGCUCACCCGCUCCCUCUUGGCCCAUCCCUACAUCCAUGUCAACAUAUUCCAGCACAUCGGCCUCCCCAUGUUCGCGGCCGAGCGCAAACCCAGGCGGAUCCACCUCAUGAGCCUGGGCGUCCUCAACCUGCCCCGCAACGCCCUCCUGGACUGGUCCUUCGGCCACUCGCUCAUCAGCUGCCACGUGGAGCACCACCUCUUCCCCAGCCUCUCUGACAACAUGUGCCUCAAGAUCAAACCCGUUGUCUCCCAGUACCUGAAGCAGAAGAAGCUGCCCUACAACGAGGACACCUACAGCUCCAGGCUCAGGCUCUUCCUGCAGAGAUACGAGGAGCUGAUGGUCCACGCUCCCCCCAUAACGGAGCUGGUGGGCAUCCAGUGAGGAGCCCGCAGCACUCGGGGGCUGCUUCCUGCAGGGACAUUCAGAGGGAUGGUUUUAGCAGGACCAACGCCUCCAUGAAGUCACGGUGUAGGAAACAUCCCUCCCUGAAGUCUUGCUUCUGGCUAGAAAAUGGUGCACAGAGCCCCUGCAGGGGGAGAGCCAGGCAGUGCAACACCAGGGACUGAAAAAUCGGGGUGCCCUCACUGUUAUUCCCAGCCAGGGCUUAGUUUUAUCCACUCUGCUUUCAUACAUGGGGAGAGGAAACCCCCCAAGUCUGGGGGGAUGUGGCACCACAUCCAGGACAUCUGGAACUGAGAAGCACCAGGAUCUGGAGGAUGUAGCUGCAGCUGUGUGGUCGAGGUGUAAGGGAAGGUGUGGAUGGUGGGGAGGGGGUUGUGUCACUGCUGCUUGUGCUUUGCCUAACUUUGGGCUAAAUCAGUCCCUUCUAGAAACAAAGAUUUGGCAAAUUCAGCCUUAACACUUUGGAUGGAUUUCCUUUAUCAUUGGGUUUUGUUGCUGAAGGAAGCCUUACUGGUAUCCUGUGGUGCCCAGGGUAGGACUGGGGGAAAGACCCUCAC